AUGGUAGAAAAGACAAGAAACAACAAGGACAACAACAAAAAAACGGAUGCUGACAUACAUACUGGAAGGAAAAUUAAGCAAUCAAAAGAGAAAAGUCAGAAUGAAGAUUUGUCUACGGAGAAAAAGAAACCAAUGAAGCAAGCUACGGAUGUCAUUUCGCGUAUUAUCUGGGAUCCUGAUUUGCCAACUGAGCUUUUUACUGUUGGCUAUCUUGAUCGGUUUGUUGCCAUUGUUGAAAAGCCAUUUAGUGCAUUCAGCUGGGAAGAUAUCGCUUCUGUUGAUUACUCAACUCUUGCCAUUUCGAAACAUCGUAUUCACUUCAAGUAUAAAGAUCAGAUUGUCUGGGACAAGGCAACUCAGACUGAUGAAGUGUUUGGAUCUUGUGGAUCUGGAAAGACAGUUGCAGAUGUAAUCAAGGAUAAGGAGCCACACUGUAAUGAAAACGUUUCUUCUCAAAGUAGACGAGAUGCUCAUCAUUCAGAGUCAGAUGAUGACGAUGAUGAUGAUGAUGAUGAAAUUGAUCCAACACAUUUCAUAUGCAUUCCAAUUACGAGUCCUCAAAUUCAUGCAACUGCACAAGAUGUGCAAGAGGCAUUGUGCUAUUCUGACCCAAGAUUUAGAGAUAGCUGUUUGGCUAUCUCUGCUCUUCAUGUAACACUUGCCAUGGUUAGAAUCAACACCGAUAAAGAUCUACAGUCAGUUAAACAGCUUCUCACUAACCUUCAAUUGUCAUUUAUUUCAAUGUUCAAUGAUAAUAGUGAGCUGUAUUUUGAAAGUGUAAGUCACUUUCGUGAUUGUGUUCUUUACACUAAGCCACGCCAACAGUCUACUCUGUCUGCGUUUGCUGCUCUGUUGCUACAAAAGUUGACAGACAAUGGUAUACCUACUCCUGGCAAUUACUCAGAGUUCAGCGCUCAUGUUACACUAAUUAAGCUAAGUCGUCCAAUGUGUCGUCAGUAUGACAUGAUGUCAAUCGAGAGAAGUCUGUACCUACCGUUUGCUGACAAGGUGUUUGGUCAUCAACAUAUUGAACGGCUGCAUCUGUGUUCAAUAACAGGACCAAGAGAGGAUGGUUUCUACCAACGAUUGCAUACUGUGGAGAACUCUAUCAUUGUGUUAAGUUCUAUCAUACCACGUCUUAUACAGAGAGCAUGUAAUAAGGCAAUUGUCAACAACAUCUUGUCACAAGAGAUGGCUGAUUCUAUAAAUGAUGCUACUGACAAGCAUUGUGCAAAUCAGAGAGAACUGUUUGAGCAUCUUGCUACGACACUUUUAUCACUUACUGGCCAACCCACUCUUGUAAUUUUGAGAGGCCUUCCUGGAAGCGGCAAAUCUACAGCUGCACGAGCAAUAGCUGAUGGUCUUGAUUGCAUCUGUAAUGCUGAUGAUUAUAUUGAGAUCAAGCAAGGCUACCAUUAUGACAAAACCAAACUUACAACAGCUCAUACACAGUGCUUUUUGAAAUGCAUCAAACUGAUGGAGUCAGAAACACCCCUAGUCAUUGUUGACAAUAUUAAUCAACAUGGGUGGAUUUAUUCAGCAUGUAAACAGUUGGCUAGUAUUGUUGGUUACCGAGUUAAAAUAUUGGAACUGCCUUGUUCUAACCAGAUGGCUUUAGGCAAUUAUGCUAGUCGCAGUGUCCACAAAGUUCCAAUAGAAUCUUGUGCCAAGAUGCUGAAAGAAUGGGAGAGAGAUUCAAUAGCAGUUGAGAUCACACAAGAUCAGGUGAAUGAUCGAGAAAUGCUAGAGGAUAUUCUAGACCAAGAAUGUGUUCCCACAGAUAGCCUCGGGAACUCGGAAUUUGUUGUUUACACAGGAGUUUUUCUUACAAAAGAAUCACGGGAGAUUAUGACAAUGCAAUUCAAUCCAGAACCUGAUCAAGUCAAUAUCGAUAUGAUUGGAAACACGGUCUAUCUGCAGGUGGUAGGGGUGGCUAGUGACUCUUACAUUCAAGCUGUAGUUGUGGAGUCUCGGAGUGAGUCAACAGCAAGUGCCAAUGCUCUCCCACAUAUUACAGUGUCUCACACAUCUGGUGUUAAGGCAAAUUAUUCCAAUGAAAUGUUACUGAAAAGAACUAAACCUCUAGAUCAGUGGUUAAAUAACAAGAUGUGGCCGCAACGUAUUGAUAUCCCAACUUGCCAGUUGCUUGGUUUUGACUUCGACGGCACUUUGGUUGAAUCACCAGACCCAGCUCAAGGUCAUCGAGAGUACAAACGAUUGACUGGCCAAGAGUGGCCACAUAAGAAGUUUCUAGGGAGACCAGAGUCAUUGUGUGAUCCAUUCACUGUCAAGGCAGGUCCAGCCAUGGCCGAUUUUCAUUGUCACUGUGGUCGUGCAGGGUCUCUUUCCUUUGUUCUAACGGCACGUCUAACAAGUCUUCAUACAGCGGUAAAGACUUGGCUUGAAAGAUAUAAUAUGUACCCAGAUCGUCUUAUCAUGAAACCAGACAACAGCAAUCAGACAGCAGCUGAAUUUAAGGCUGAUAUUGUCAAAGGGUUUCUCAGUGAGUUUCCUACUGUACGCUCCAUCAAACUCUGGGAUGACUCAGAUGACAACCUAAAAGCAUUCCAGGCAGUCAGUCAGCAAUUGCCAGCAAUCAACUUUACCAUCAUAGACAGCAAGCGGAUGAGUGCAAGUCAGAGGAAAACUGAAGUUGAUCAAUUUCUGCAACAGUCUGGUUCUCUUCCGCAUCCCUCUUUCUUAGCAGCAAGUGAAUCUGCAAUCUGCUUUGUGAGUGAAGUGUGGCAGAAUGUUAUCAAGGUCAGUACAGAUGAUCCACAAAAACUGUCCCUGCCGUUUGGAUCUAGUCAGUUGGGUAGAUUUGCAGAUGUUGAUGUGUGUUUACUUGCUCCUAAUUCGCUUAGCCACAGAGAUUGUGUUGUUCAACUGGAAAAGGCUUUGAAGGACUAUGGAGUAACAUUCACAUACAUUUCUCAAAGCUCCAGAUGUCCCAGACUGAAGGCUAAGUGUUUCUUUGCUGCAACAUCUCCUGUUGAGUUGGAUGUCGUAUUUUGUCUGGUUCCUCUAUUGUUUCUCGAUUGUCUUUGUUCUGGUCCAAAACCAUUUCUCAAUGACAUCACAGCUGCAGUUGCCAAAUAUGAUAAAGCCAGUCACACAGCAUUGACUGGACCUCUGUUUCUUCAGGAGAUACUGACUGCUAUCAGUAAGAGCGGAAGAGUGGUUUCAGAUUGUUUGUGGUUGAUUGAAAUUGUGUGCAUUAUUCUCAAAGCAAAUUGCCUCAAGGGAAAUGCGUUUCAUUGCAUUAGGACUUUCCAUCUUAUUAAGCUCCUCCAGCAUUUCUUACAGGCUGCACAGGAUGGAGUAAGCUUUUUUGUGAAUUUGUGCCAUCUCACUACAUUUCUCCGUUGA